AUGCUAUCACUCCACCUGGAAUGUUCCACUGUAGGCCUUCAGCUGUUUCCACGGAGACAGGAAUGUGACACCAAGAGGCAAAUUCAGAGCAAAAAUGAAUGGCUCUGCUCUGCUUGGGGUCUGCGUUCCUGUCCUCCACCUGUCCUCCACCUGUUCUCCGCCUGUCCUCCACCUGUCCUCCACCUGUCCUCCACCUGUCCUCCGCCUGUCCUCCACCUGUCCUCCGCCUGUCCUCCGCCUGUCCUCCACCUGUCCUCCACCUGUCCUCCGCCUGUCCUCCGCCUGUCCUCCACCUGUCCUCCACCUGUCCUCCGCCUGUCCUCCGCCUGUCCUCCACCUGUCCUCCACCUCUUCCUGUAG